GAAUUUUGGAUCCACCAAUUUGUAAACAUCCCUAUACCCCUCAUCACAUUACAAGGCUUACCUACAAGACUGCUUGACGAAACGACUACUCUACGAGCAAGGGCGUAUCCGUCAUUUCCCAUCUUCUUCCCGCUUCGUUCUUCAUUUGUCUCCGGAGAAAUCGUACCACCGGCAAGCACCGAAGAUAUCGACCGAUCUUACUCCCUCCACUACGCUUUCUACCAAGAAUCUUGUCCUUCCGCCGAGAGGCUGGUGGUCCAAUUUAUCCACUGGAGACUGGGAGGAAGGACAGAGCAGUGGCCUUUACAAGCUAGUCUGUCUGUAAUUCUUGCAUGCUUUGCUUCCAUAGGAUUCAACAAGACAUUUUUUGAGGACCGGCUAUACAACUCCUCAGGAACGGGGAAGCCUGGCCCUGAACUCAAUCCCCUGACACUGGUUUACUAAAAUGAAAGCCAAAAUGAGGCUUUGUGGGUUUGAUUUGAGGACGCACGUUUUAUCUCUUCUGGAAACUCAGUUAUAAGUUUGGUUUAAUCUUGUGAAUAUCAAUCACCAUUGCUUUUCUAUCAUUGUAUGUUCUCUCUGGAUUCAGUAUCAUUCAAAGUCGACAGUCUUGAUGUUAGUGGUUAU